AUGCUCUCCACACUGCGUGUCGCCAGCCGUUCGGCUGCUGCCCGCGAGGCUAACAUGCGCACCGUGAUCAUUGGUGCUCGUCAAGCUUCCGCCUGGUCCAAGGUUCCCCAGGGCCCUCCUGAUGCUAUUCUGGGUAUCACCGAGGCUUUCAAGGCUGACUCCUUCAAGGAGAAGAUCAACCUUGGUGUCGGUGCCUACCGUGACGACAAGGGCAAGCCCUACGUUCUGCCUUCCGUCCGCGCCGCCGAGGACAAGGUCGUUGCGUCGCGCAGCGACAAGGAAUAUGCUGGUAUCACCGGUAUCCCCGCCUUCACCAACGCCGCCGCUGAGCUUGCCUACGGCUCCGACUCUGCUGUCCUCAAGGAGGACCGCCUGGUCAUCACUCAGACCAUCUCCGGUACCGGUGCUCUCCGCAUUGGAGGUGCCUUCCUUGAGCGUUUCUACCCCGGCGCGAAGAAGGUCUACCUCCCCAACCCUAGCUGGGCCAACCACGGCGCCGUCUUCAAGGAUUCCGGCCUCGAGGUCGAGAAGUACCGCUACUACAACAAGGACACCAUCGGUCUGGACUUCGAGGGUCUGGUCGAGGACAUCAAGGCUGCUCCUAACGGCAGCAUCAUCCUGCUGCACGCCUGUGCUCACAACCCCACCGGUGUUGACCCUACCCAGGACCAGUGGCGCCAGAUCAGCGAUGUCAUGAAGCAGAAGGGUCACUUUGCUUUCUUCGACAUGGCCUACCAAGGCUUCGCCAGCGGUAACGCUGAUGUCGAUGCUUUCGCUCCCCGCCACUUCGUCAAGGAGGGCCACAACAUUGCUCUGUGCCAGAGUUUCGCCAAGAACAUGGGUCUCUACGGUGAGCGUGUCGGUGCCUUCUCGCUCGUUUGCGAGUCCACCGAGGAGAAGAAGCGUGUUGAGUCUCAGAUCAAGAUUCUCAUCCGUCCCUUCUACUCCAACCCCCCAUUCACGUGGCUCGGUGAGGUCAAGGGCAUGGCCGACCGCAUUAUUGAGAUGCGCGCUCUUCUGCGCAAGAACCUUGAGCAGCUCGGCAGCAAGCACGACUGGUCCCACAUCACCAGCCAGAUCGGUAUGUUCGCCUUCACUGGCCUCAAGCCUGAGCAGAUGGAUGUCCUCGCCAAGGAGCACUCCGUCUACGCCACCAAGGACGGCCGUAUUUCCGUCGCUGGUAUCACCUCCGGCAACGUCCAGCGUCUUGCCGAGUCCAUCUUCAAGGUUACUGGUUAA